UCGCUCGAUCAAACGUUCGGCAGCCUAUCUCGCGGUAUCUGCGGAUGAUUUCAAGCAGAUUAUCGCGCCUUGUGGAUAGAAGCACGAGGUAGAUUUCUUGCAUUUUAUUCGCGCGAAUAUAACUGCCGAAAUAACGUGGUUAAUAUGAAAUUCUAUCGGAAGACGUAAGAAGAUCAACACAGUGCGCGCCUGUCCGUGGCUUUGUUUUUCGCUUUGUUUCCUCGACCUUCGCGUUCAAUUUUACAAACCGACUUCAUACCGUUGCGAGUGCCGGGUCGAGUUUCACCGAAAUAUCAAAACAAGUUACACCAGUAUCAUUUGCCAUAAUCUCCUGUACUUUAAUAUCGCAUAUCUCAGCAACUAAGCGUUAAACGAUCAUUCCGAUAAAAAACUUGUGUAAGCUUUGGUUUUUUGCUCGCUUCGUGCACGGAGAGGAUCAAUUUUCCUCGAACAGCAAGGUAUUAAUUUAGCGACAGCUACGAUGAUUCGUUGGAACGGCGAAAAAGUUUGUUUGGACAGCGGACAGAUUUGUUGAGAAUAUUAAUUGCUAUUUGCUGGAUAUAUGGGUGGCAAAAUGAUUUGCUUAGGCCAACUAAAUUUUAUUGCUGUCGCAACGACGUUUUACUUACAACGACAAAAUACAACGACAAUUAUAGUUCUCCAUGCAACGAAUCAUUUUGCUGUCGCUAUAUGAACGAAUAAUUUGCCAUUCCAACAAGACUUGUUUUCUCCGUGUAGUGUUUUGCAUUUCAAAAACUACUGCACCUUCUUGCCGUUUUCCUUGAGAGAGAAUCGACCACUGAUUAGUUGGCGUUGCGGAAUGCAAAUGCCUCGGUUAAAGUUGCAUGUUAUAGUGCAACACAUGAGCUAUCUAAUCUUGAGCGCAGUUCCGCGUUGUAUUCAAUCUUGAUGUGAAUUUUCGUCACGUCUUGCCAUUUCCGCAGGCUCCGCAGGACAAUAAUUCCCUGACAAAUGGCGCGAUUCCACUGUUUCAAACGAGAAAAAAAAAUUCGCAGUUCGCGACGCGAUCGAUCUCUCGCGAUUUCAUCGGGAACUCGCGAUAUUCGGGGAAACGAUUCGUUGUUAUUCGAAAACUGAGAAAUUACCGAAGCAAAAGUAUCAAUGCCUGGACGUGUAAUUCUGGAAAUUCUUGUUGUUUGGUCUUUAAAUACGAAUAUUCCCACUUUCAACAUAGAAUACAUGUACAUACACAUUGAAUAUACACAAAUGUUGACGUUGAGAGAUUAAACGUUCGUUUUUAGAGAGCGAAACAAACAAGAAUGUUCACAGUUACGGUACGUGUCCAGGACUGGUGGCCCCGCCCUUAAUCAUCGGGGGAGUUAACUACCCGGGAAUUCCGGGGUACGGGCGCAGCAAGGGCCGAAUUUCGAGGAGAGGCAUCUCGAAACAAUCUCCGGAGCGAAGCGUUGUGUCUGCGUUAUCAGUCGGCGAGCGCGCAAACAGGGAAGCGGUCUUCUUUCAGCGGCGAACGGGUGACGGAAUCCGCAUGCGCGCGCGCUAUCUCUUGCCUUUUGUCGACACAUGAGAGUACGUCCACGUGGCCGCGGGAGGAUCGUCGAUUGUCAUUUGCGUCGCUGCUUCGUGAAAAGGCACGUCUCUCCUUUGGCAUCUCCGCGACCGCCGUUCUCACUCUCGUACACGUAUCUCGCGUGCGCUCGCUCCCAAUUGCGCAAUCCUCCUCGCGUAUCUGCCGCGAAUCGGUGUCGCAGUCUUAAUCGUACCAACACCUCCGCGCAUGUGAGUACAUACGUGCGUCUUUUGCGCCGUGUUCGUGGUCGUGUCUAGCGUGUGUCGUGUUCCUCCGGAUCGAUAUACGUCUCAGGUCGCGCUGCCGAGAUCAUCUUCGGCGUAGGUGAGUGACGGACUGUUACGCAAAUCUGGCUGGAAAGUGGCUGCCUGAACGAUGGUCUGCUCGACAGUGACGGAUAGCGAGAAGGAGGGCCUGGCGAAAGGAGCGUGCUGCGCGGUGGGCAUUGCACCAGGCGAUUAUCGCCUGGUCGGCUGGGACAUGGACACCACCGGCAAGAAGGUCAUCGACGAGAUCUGUCAGAUCGCCACGUACACCCCGAGCUCGGCUUAUUCUCAGUACGUGAUGCCGUACAAGGAUCUCAAUCCGACCGCGAUAAAACGGCACAGCAUGAAGGUUGUGACCAACGGCAAAUUCCGCGUGUUAAGGCACAGCAAAACCAACGAGGUGAUCAAAUCCAAAAGCGAAGUGUCCGCAUUGACAGACUUCCUCAGCUGGCUGGAGACCGAGAAGGGAGACGCGGACGGAAUAAUUCUGGUUUACCACGAACCGCGUAAAGUCAUUCCCGCGAUGUUGCUCGAAUCGCUGAAGAAAUACGAUCUUGUUGACAGAUUCAAGAAAACGGUCAAAGGAUUCGCAAACGGGUUCAACAUCGCCGAGCAGAAGUGCGCGAACUCAGUUCACGUUUAUUCCCUCCGUACUCUGUCGCGAACGUUGCUGAAGAAGGAAGGGAAUCUGGGCAAUGCGCAAGACAGGGCAUCAUUGGCUUUGCAAGUAGUGCAAUACUUGUGCUGGUUGGAGAGUAAGAAGAAGCCCGAAGAUACGAAUGGUAGCGGAGAUACCGACGAGACCAUCAAAAAAACGGUUGAGUUUGUGCGAGAAUUUGCGCAGUCCGUUGAUGUCGAGGAGCAGGAACACGACGAGUUGAAGAUGAUAUUUGAACGGCAGAAUAAUUUGCGGCCAAUAUUCAGCGCGCUGUUCCGUAUGAACCGUCGGGAACGCCAACAUGCUAGUCCCCUGCGGCGAUUGCUUGCCGAAGCUGGGAUCGAGUACUCUGAGCUACAGGAAGCGUGGACCAACGAGAAGAAGGACGGACUGGAGCAUCUGCUGAAAGAGAAGCUACCGAGGGUCGAAGAGAAGAAGAUAGACGAUUUGUUGUUUAUCCUCGAGCGUCACUUCGAUCCCGAGAAGAAGCCGAAGGCCAAAGAGAUCCCGGACAGAAAGAGGGCCGUCAGAUCGAAAAGUCAAAAAGUGAACGACGACAAGGAGAACAAUAACAAGUGUGACUCGGGCACUGAGAGCCCGGACACCACGACAUCCGGUUCCCCGGCGAAACUAACCGGCGAGGAGGAGACGAAGACGCUUUAAGGAGAGAGAGAGAGAGAGAGAGAGAGAGAGAGAGAGAGA